AUGAACGCGCUGGAAGAGAUCGAAUUCGACGUGGGCGAAUUUUUCAAGGAAAUCAAGCGCUUCGGCAAGGCCGAUAUCCCGGCCGUGCCGCCUCCCGCACCUGAGCCCGCCCCGCUGGAGCGUCGGCCGAGCCCGCCUCGUGCAGCCGGGCUCGCCUCGUUGGAGCGUCAGCCGAGCCCGCCCCCUGCAGCCGGCCGAGGCCUGAUGAGCGGCGCACCCGACCCGGCCUGUCCCAGCCGAGGCCUGAUGAGCCGCGUACCCGACCCGGCCUGUCCCAGCCGAGGCCUGAUGAGCCGCGCACCCGACCCGGCCUGUCCCGGCCGAGGCCUGAUGAGCGGCGCACCCGACCCGGCCUGUCCCAGCCAAGGCCUGAUGACCGGCGCACCCGACCCGGCCUGUCCCGGCCGAGGCCUGAUGAACGGCGCACCCCACCCGGCCUGUCCCAGCCGAGGCCUGAUGAGCCGCGCACCCGACCCGGCCUGUUCCAGCCGGGGCCUGAUGAACGGCGCACCCGACCCGGCCUGUCCCAGCCGAGGCCUGAUGAACGGCGCACCCGACCCGGCCUGUCCCAGCCGAGGCCUGAUGAACGGCGCACCCGACCCGGCCUGUCCCGGCCGAGGCCCGAUAAGCACCAUACCCGACCCGGCCUGCUCCAGCCGAGGCCUCAUAAGCCGCGCACCCGACCCGGCCUGUCCCGGCCGAGGCCCCACGAGCGGCUCACCCGACCCGGCAGCCCGGCGCGGCGCGCUGGUGUUGACUCACACCGGCGCCUACGAACGCGGCUCGCGGAUCGGAGUCGGUGACGAGAGAUGA